AUGCUUCGAAAACAUUUCAUCGUUUUCCCAUUUCUUCUCUUUUGGAACCAUCACUUGGUCGAGUCACUUUCAGUCACCUCUAAAAAUGCAACCGAGGCGUUGUUACGAUGUCCACCGGCUGAAAGUUUUAUCAGAACACAUAUGGCUCCGGAUUUCGAAACUCCUCGAUUAGUCCGUCGACUCGAUUGGUUUCAAGAUGACUCAUUGGUAGCAAGUUAUCAGCAGGGACAUGUAGAAGGUGUUGAAAAGGAGUUGGAGAAGAAGAAGAUUGGAUUAGACAUGCCACACAUUUCCGUUGAUGGACACCAGAACUUCCAUUCGUUUUUGAAUUCUUGGGAUAAGAAAAAGGAGAAGAUGGUCUCGUUGAAUAUAGGACGUCUCGCCGAUUCAUCUCGCCAAUGGUGGGUUGCAGACGGUCGUUAUCAACUAAUCCGUCCAUUCUACACCCUUCGAGUCUCUCCUGUGACUCCCGAAGAUUCUGGAACGUAUCGAUGUCGUCUGGAAACUGAUCCAUUAUUUUCAUCUCCACAGAGCACGGCUACACAAGAACUUGCAGUCAUGGUUCGACCAGUGGCGCCGUCUUCUCCGGAAAUCAAAUCUUUUACCAAUCGUUCAAUCACACUCGUCUGGACUCACAAUGCUGCCAGAGCACAUCGGCCCAUUCUCCGAUUUUCCGUAUCGGUUAGAACGGUACCUUUUGCUUCAUACUGUCCACCAAGCAUUGUUAAUUUCAGAUUCGUAAUGGCUGCCCCUUCCAACGCCACUACUGUAAUUGUUGACAAUUUAUCUCCAUAUACACUUUAUGCAUUCUCGGUCCGCGCUGAAAAUUCGGCUGGAUCAAGUGAUUUCGGACCAGAAACCACAUUCCGAACACUAGGAGAACCUCCAAAUAGAGCUCCUCAAAUUCAGAAAAUACGGAAUGUGACAUCAGAAUGCGUUGAAGUCACUGUAACUCCUCCAGAUGAAAUGAACGGAGAAUUGGAAAAAUAUUUGGUUUUGAUUCAAGCUGUCAAUGAGACAAAUCCUAGAAAAAUGACAUUUGAUAAACCAACAUCAACUCCAUUAACAAUUUGUGCACUGACACCAUCAUCAGAAUAUGCUUUGGCAAUAGAAGCAGAUAAUGGAUUUGGAACAAGUCCUCAAGCAACAUUGGUAUUCCGUACAGAAGACUCAGUACCGAAUUGGUCUCCGAGUACAAUUAAAACAACGCCAGUAGUCGGGAAGCCUGAAAUCAUAGUACUCUGGCUAGCUCCACCGAUGAAUGCAACCGAGAAAGUGGUCAAAUAUCAUUUGUAUUAUAAGGCAAAUAAUGAAGAUCAAUGGAAGAUAGAGCAUCUGAAUGUGAAUCCAAAUGAAGUAAAAUCGAAAAUGUUCAAAUAUCGACUAGUGGAUCUUAAUCCAAACACUCUCUAUCGUAUUCGUGUAUCUGCCUCAACAUCAAAAGGAGAAGGAAGCCAAAGUGCAGAUAGUCUCGCUCAAACAGAUGUUGGAGAGCCUGGAACUGUCAUUUUCAAGGAUCUCAACUUUGAUUGUAAAAAUGGAGUAAAACUUAGUUGGAACUAUGAACCAAGUGUCAACUCGAAAAAGUCGCCAACCUUCACUGUAAAAAUAACAAAUCAGACGACAUCUCUCCAAUUCAACACCACUCGCCAAACUCUGGAUAUAAUUGAUCUCUCCCUUUAUGACGAGUAUUCUCUGCGAAUAAUUGUUUUGGAAAGGAGCACAAUCGACAAUACCACAAUUCUGAUUGGAAAAUACAGCGACAAUCAUAGAUUCAUAUUGAAAGACAAAUGUGCUUAUCAAAGUUCAUUCUGUUCUCCAGGAGAAAAAUGUGCGAAAUUGACAUCAUCUGCAGCGAAUCCACAGUAUAUUUCGGUGCUGAUUGUGAUUUUUGCUAUCAUAAUUUUUGCAUUCAUCUGUUUUAUCAUUGUUCAUUUUGCACGUGGAUCUAUGAAUUUCAAACAUCUUCUGAAGAAAAAAGAGAAAUGUGUAUAUUUGGAAGAGAUCAGCCCUCUGGUAUACGGUAGGCUUAACAGGUCGGACAUGAUUUCAAUGAAAUGUUAUUGUUUAGAUUCCGCUGGUCAAGAAGACAUUCCAGUGGAGUUGUUCUAUGGAUAUGUGGAAGAUCUCAAUCGAAACGAUGCGUUGAAAUUCAAAACACAGUUCCAAAUAUUGGAAACGCAGACAUCGGGAAUUGAUCAGGCGGAUUCUGGAGAAUCGACGUCAUCAGCAGAUGAGAAUUCACAAAAGAACAGAUACAACAAUAUAGGAGCAAUGGAAGCGACGAGAAUUAGACUGAAUUCACCAACAGGAAAUGAUUAUAUCAAUGCAAACUAUGUUGAUUCAUGCAACGAACGCAACGCAUACAUUGCAACACAAGCACCCCUUCCAUCUACUUUUUCGGAUUUUUGGAGUAUGAUUUGGCAGGAAAGAAGUAAUGUUAUUGUCUGUAUCACCAAUAUGGUUGAAGAUGGAAAGGUAAAAAAAGGCAUGUCUUAUUUCCCAAAUUCUAUUUUCCGUUUUCAGAGAAAAUGUGAUCAGUACUGGCCAUCAGUUCCAGACUCCCCACAGAACUUCGGAAACUAUCAAGUGACGCUUAUAUCUGAAUCCACUAACGCACACUUCUCCCAUCGAGUACUCGAUCUUAAAAUAGCAAAAUCAGUUCCUGCUGCGGAGAGAAAAAUACAUCAGUUACAUUUUGUGGGAUGGCCAGAUCACGGAGUACCUUCUUCUGUAUUUCCACUCUUGAAUUUCAUUCAUUACGCAUCUGACAUACAUUCUACUGGUCCAGUUGUUGUGCAUUGCAGUGCUGGAGUUGGUCGUUCUGGUUCUUAUAUUCUUGUGGACAGCAUGAGAAGACAUUUGAUCAGUUUUCGAAGGCUCAAUGUACAAGGACAUCUGACUCAUAUGAGAAGGCAGCGAGCGAAAUUAGUUCAAACUCUGGAACAAUACAUAUUCUGUCAUGAAGCGAUUCGACAACUGAUUCGACAUGGAAUCACGCGGGUGCAUUCGGAUCUAUUUAUGAGAUAUUUGCAUUAUUUAUCAGAAGAGAAUCUGAACGGGAAGACAAGAAUGCAGUUACAAUAUGAGGAUGUAUGUGAAUGCAAACAUCAGCCUCGAUGUCUCAUAGACUCGGAUGUUCUCACUCUUCCUGGAUAUCAUCGAUCUGAUGAAUUCAUGGUGGGAUCUUGGAGUCAUGAAUGUGAAGAACUAUGGAAGUUGAUUUGGAAACGAAAAGUCCAAACUAUUGUUGUACUAAAUCAACGGGAUUCAUUCUGGAGGAAACUUCAUUUAUGUGAAGAUAUUCAGUUACAACAUGGCGACAAUUUCGUUUUAAUGCAAAGGGAAGAUCAACAACUUUGUGUUCGAAUUAUGAAUGUGGCAAGAUCAGAUCUAGAUGCAGAUUUUUGGAGGGAAAUUGAGAAUGUGCAGAAACAAAGAAUCACUUAUCAUGAUGCCCCAUUACUCAUCCUUGCUCAGAAAUUCCCUCCAAACGCAUCAUCUCCAACGGAUAGUACAUCCACGCUAUCCCUUUCAAUGUUAUUUAAUGAUGAUUCAUCUCUUGCAUUCAGUAUUUGUGCAGCAACAACAUUAGCGUGCCAAUUGGAAACUACGGGUUGUGUUGACGUGGUACAAGUUCUUUCAUCUUAUACUGAAAUUCAAUGUGGUAUUUUCUCCUCAAAACAAGAAAUCGAGAUAAUCUACGAAAAGAUAUCGCAGCUGGUCGAAGGAACUCGUGUCUGA